CGCGAGGGCGCCGGAGUCUGGAAGUAUGUGCCUGGCGGCUUCGGUGUUGGUGUGAAUGGGAAGCUCAUAGUCGCGCAGCACCCAGACACAGAGGGCGAGCUGUUGCCAGUAGGGAAAGGUAUUCAGGUGGCCACAGCGAGGGACUGUCGACAGCUCUCCCUAGACAAGAGACUGUUAUCUGGCAGUGGUGAGGUGGAAUGGCAACAGGAACGAUGAAGUCGAAGUUGUUGAUUUCUUUUCUUCGUCUGCGACUUUUUUAAGCAACACAAAAAGAUGAAGCUUUGGGUGCACGGGCCAUCUGCAUAUAAAUAUUCAAGUUUGUCGAAAGAAGAAGAUAGACAAUUAAUUACGACCAGACGAAGAGAAGAAGAAGAAGACAGAUAACUGCCGCUAUUAUUGCAGAUAUCUAGAGAGAGAGGGGGGGAAAAGAUAUAGUCAGCAUGAUUCGGUCAUUUCGCUUCCAGUCGCCCUUGCUGCGGCACUCUCUUCGCUACUCUACAGCUUCAACGCCGGGUGUUGCUCCAUUGUUUGCAAAGAUAAAGACAGACUUGAAGGCAGCAAUGAGGGCAAAAGACAAAGUCAGACUUGACGUCCUGCGCGGAAUCAUAUCAGAAGUGAACAAUGCAGCUAAAACACCGAAACCCAUUGAGACUGAUCUCAGCCUUCUCGACCUUCUUCGAAAGCGGGCGUCGAACCUAGAAGCUAGUGGCAAGGAGUACGCCGCUGCUGACCGUCAAGACUUGCUGGCCAAGGCAGAGGAAGAAAGGAAGGUUGUUGAGGAGUACGCUGCUCAGGUUGAGACUGUGAGCGAAGAUGCGAUACGUGCUGCUGUCGAGAGUGCGAUUGCCGAACUCAAGGCUGCCAGUGAGAAGCUGGCUAUUGGAAGCGUGAUGAAGAAGGUCCUUGCUGCAGGCGGAGCUUUGGACGGGAAGCCAGCGAGCAAGACGGCAGUCGCGAAGAUUGCUGGCGAGAUGGUUAAGGCACUGGAACAGAAGUGAUCCCUUGUAUCCUGUUAGGAUUUAUGCGAGAGGCGUUGUGGCAUGUCGAUUAGCAUGUAUAUCCUGGUGGUAUGCAUUCUCGAAUCUGUAUGAAGUAUAGGGGGUGGUAAUGUAAAUUAGAGGCACAAUCCAAAUGUAACACUAUCAUCCUCCAUUCUUUAGAUCUGCAACUGUUUGGUAGUGCAUAAGAUGACCGUAAAAGGGAUUAUCAUUAUUUGAUGCUGACGAUAAUUAAACAUUGCAGUUACCCGUCGACCAUAUGAGAACAGACCGAGCCAGGGAAAGAAAUGAAAUGGCAGAACAUAACAGGAAAGGAAAGAAAAGAAAAGAACAGGGGGAAAACACGCCAUGCAGACGGGAGGAAGUAGAAUAGACAAGGGGAUAAAAAGAAGGGGAUACAAGUACAGCUGUAUGUAGCAACCGACUACUCCGGCACACGCAGGUAUAAAAGAAUAUGAAUACCCUCCCCACGUAUCGACAAUGAGCCUCCCGAGGCAAAGACCAGAAGU